AUGUGUAACGCAUCCUCAUUCAUGUAUAUCUCUAUCUACACAGGUGCGUUUCUCAUCCCUUACUGGACAAUGCAACUGUUUGUUGGAAUGCCGCUGUUUUUUAUGGAAUUAUCUUUUGGUCAAUUCGCAAGCCUGGGUCCGAUUACUAUUUGGAAGGUCAGCCCUCUUAUGAAAGCAUCAACUGACAAUAAUCCACAGUUGUUUGGCAUCCAACGAGGAAGGAAUUGCUGCACUACAACCAACGCCCAUCUUUUCCAUCUUUCUCUGUCUCUCUGUCUCUGUCUCUGUCUCUGUCUCUGUCUCUGUCUCUGUCUCUCUCUCUCUCUCUCUCUCUCUCUUUCACUCUUUAUCUAUCUAUCUAUCUAUCUAUCUAUCUAUCUAUCUGACUUGCCCGACCAUUAUUCAACGUUUAAAAUGUAUCAUGAAUUGAUUAACGAAAAAAAAAAAAGAACUGUUAUUUUCCAUUAUGUUUCAUGCGUCGGUUACUGCAUGGUAAUCAGCACGGCGCUCAUCACACUGUAUUAUAACGUCAUCAUCGCCUAUUGCUUCUACUACCUUUUUGCCUCGAUGACAUCAGUCCUGCCUUUUUCCCACUGCAAUCAUAGCUGGAGUUCAUCCCGUUGUUCGACAAGCACAGCAUCGGAUAAUAGCACUACAAAUACAAGUCUGUCCAACAUGACUACAGUCGCUUCUUUUGUCACAACCAAUUUAACAACUCCAGCCACUGAUUUCUUGACGACAACAAAAGAGACUACGGUUAACAUGACUAUAACGCCGAGUGAAGAUUUCUUCAUAAAUUUCGUGCUGAAACAAAGUUCAGGCAUUGAUGAAGUGGGCGAAUUCCAGUGGAAAAUAGUGCUUUACCUUCUACUAGCCUGGACAGUUGUCUUCUUUGUUCUCAUCAAAGGAAUCAAAACUCUCGGAAAGGUCGUCUACUUCACGGCUAUUUUCCCGUAUGUGAUUCUUACUGCUCUACUCAUCCGAGGUGCUACUCUGGAUGGGGCAUACGAUGGUGUCAUGUAUUACCUCACACCAAAGUGGGAAAAGCUGGCAGACUCAACAUUUUGUCUUUUGCUCUCUCUCUCUCUCUCUCUCUCUCUCUCUCUCUCUCUCUCUCUCUCUCUCUCUCUCUCUCCUAACUCCUUUCUAGGUUUCAUGGCUAAAGAGAAAAAUGUAAGCGUCGAGAAAGUCGUCGACGGAGGACCCGGAUUAGCGUUCAUUGCUUACCCAGAAGCCAUUGCGAAAAUGCCGGCGCCAACAGUCUGGGCUAUUCUAUUCUUUUGUAUGAUGAUCAUAAUCGGUUUCAGUUCUCAAUUCUCUUUAAUGGAAACGGUAAUCUCGUCCUUGAGUGAUGAGUGGGAAUCGAUCUUACGAAAGAACUGGAAACGUUCACUCAUCUUCCGUAUCACCAUGUGUAUUGUAUUCUUCCUUCUCGGCCUUCCUAUGACUACACAGGCAGGAAUGUAUAUUCUAAACAUGGUGGAUACAUCAGUCGGUGGCUUCCCACUUUUGUUUGCUGGUGUUUUUGAAUGCGUGGCUGUAAAUUUUGUAUACGGAUAUAAAAAUUUUGCAUCUGAUGUCUCGAUGAUGUUGGGGAAGAAGCCAUCAAUCUACUGGAGAGUAUGUUGGUGCCUCCUCACACCACUCCUUUUAUCCACUGUGAUUAUCUUUAAGGCUAUCCAAUACACACCUCUCACGUACAAAAACUACAUAUACCCUACCUGGAGCCAAGCAUUAGGCUUACUCAUCAUGCUCUUCCCCAUUCUAGCAUUUCCUGUACAUUUUUUAUUUGAGUAUUGCCGGAAAGGAGGAUUUUCGGUGCUUAUAAAGAAUAUCCGUCCAUUGCCUGAAUGGGGUCCAUCUUUACCUGAAAACCGAACUGGUCAUUAUGCUUCUCCAGACAGAUGGGAAAAUGGAAAUGUAAUGCAUACUGAAUAUGACCAUCCAAUCAAUCAUCACAAAAUAAGUAUGGGCGUGACUAAUAUUGGAUUUGAAUUUGACAAGGGAAAUCCACCAGCCUACCCAGAUCUGGACAACACUCAGUUAUAA